AUGAGUCGUUUAAAACGACGUUCAGAGGAGUUUCGUGUAUUCAUUGAUGGGGCUAAAGCUCCACCCCCUGCUGAAUAUUUCCCAUGGAGCAGCAGUGUGCAGUGGUUUGGUAACAGUGUGUUGUGUGUGUGUGUGAGUGUGUGUGUGUGUGAGAUAGUGUUGUAUGGUCAGGUUCAGUCUCCUCUGUAUCCAAAGCCUUACCCCACUAAUGUCCAUCAGCAGUGGGAUCUGGAAGUUCCACCUGGUUACCAGCUUCAGAUCACCUUUAACUACCUGGACAUAGAACCAUCGUUUAACUGCUACUACGACUCUCUCGUGGUUCUGCAUGGGAAGAAAAUUUUGGGAAAGUUCUGUGGCCAGAAUUCCACAGAUCCCCAUCACCCUGGCAACAACCCCAUUUUGUCUCCUAGCAACCGUCUCCAGCUGGUGUUUGUGACGGAUGAAUCAAACACAGAAACACAUCAGUAUCUCGGGUUCUCUGCCUUUUACCAGGCUGUUGACAUAGAUGAAUGCUUAUCUACUGAUUUAGAAGAUUCAGAAUCACGGUGCUCUCAGAUCUGCCUCAACACUCUGGGCUCAUACCUGUGUGCCUGUUACCAUGGUUACCAGCUGCGAGCAGAUCAGCGUACCUGUGUGUUGGACUGCGGUGGAGGUGUUUUCACAGAACCCGAGGGAGUCCUAUCAAGUCCUGGAUACCCGAAUGCUGCUCCUCUUGGAGUGAACUGUUUGUACAGUAUCGCUGUUCAGCCUGGGCUCCAGAUCACUCUUAACUUCAGUGACAAUUUCCACAUCGAGCAGGUUGAUGCACAAGGACUGUCCUGCUUGUUCCACUGGCUACAGGUGUCUGUCCCCGGUGAAGCUCCGAAGAAGCUUUGUGGAGAUAAAAGUCCUGGAGUCAUCCACACUGGCUCACACACUGUGGAUCUGGAAUUUCACACUGAUGGACAUGGACAGAGUGGAGGGUUUACUCUUCACUACACGACCCAGAGAGUGGAGUGCAAACUUGUCGGAGCAAUCCGUCACGGCCGAAUCACUCCCAAUUUCCCGAAGUAUUAUCACAGAGAUUACAUUCAAGUCCGCUGUGACACCGGAUACAAACUCUUGCUGGGAGAAAAGGAAAUUAAGAGUUAUAAAUCGAUGUGUAAAGAGAAUGGGAAGUGGCAUCUACCUUUACCUGAGUGCAGGAUUAUCGAUUGUGGAGAACCGAAUAAUUUACUGAACGGUGGAUUUCAAAUUCUGUCUGGUUCAAACAACGAGUACAGAUCUGUUGUUCAGUAUUACUGCAACGAGCCCUUCUACUCGUUCACAGCAACUAAAACAGUAAAUCUCACCUGUGCUGCUGAUCGCAAAUGGAGAGGACAUGAAAAUGACAUCAUUCCGUACUGUUUCCCAGUGUGUGGGCGUCCUGUUGUAGAUCUUUCUGGUCGUGCUCGGAUUUUAGGAGGUGAAACAGCGAAAGAAAACACGUUUCCCUGGCAGGUGUUCCUGCGGGUUCCUUUCAGAGCCGGAGCGAUUGUGAUCGGAGAAAAAUGGCUCCUCACUGCGGCUCACAAUCUGAACAAUGUAAACGCGCCCAAAGAGGAAGUGAAGGCGUACGUUGGGAGCAACAAAGUGAGCGAACUGACGAACCCGGACUUAUUUCAGCCGCUUUCCAUUGAAUCAUUCCACGUCCAUCCGGGAUAUAAAAAGCCAGACUUUAAUAAUGAUAUUGCGUUAAUUAAGCUGUCGUCCCCCAUCACCUUUAACGAGAGUGUCCUGCCGCUGUGUCUUCCUGCGCAGGGCGCGAAUCUCAACCCUUCUGGGUGGGUUUCUGGAUUUGGAUUGACAGAGAAAUUCAGCACUGCCGAUUUCCUCAGAUACAUCCGUCUUCCCAUCGUGGAUCAAGAAGUGUGUCACAGGUCCAUUGAGACGUUAAAAAAGACGUACAGUGACGUGUCCACUCUGACGGACAACAUGUUCUGCGCUGGACUUCCUGAAGGAGGGAAGGACACGUGUCAAGGAGACAGCGGCUCUGGAUUCGUCACGAAAAAUGACGAGGUGUUUUACGCAGUGGGGAUCGUGAGCUGGGGAAUCGACUGUGGAAAACCAGGACGAUACGGAAUAUACACUCGCGUGGAUCGAUACAUAAACUGGCUCCAGAAAACCAUGGAGGAAAAUGAAUAGCUGAGGAGGAAAUGACGUGAAAACGACACGAGCCACCUGUGUGACGGGUUAAAAAUGUGGUUUGAUUUGAAAUGUAUAUGGCUGAUUUGCUA